AUGCCUCGCCGCUUGAAGACUACUUGGGCAAUGCUCAGCCCUUCCUCCUCCGCUCCUCGCUCCCCGACGACGCGUCUUCCCCCGCCGUCGUCCAACAAUUCGGAAUGCUCCUCCUCCCCACCUCGCUCGCCGACGCUGCCGCCUCCCCCGCCGUCGUCCGACUCAUCGGACCUCGACGUCAACCUCAAGGAAGAUCCGGAUCAGGAGACCGAUUCGGAAGGGGAGGAUGUGGCGAUGGCUCAGCAGGGGCCAUGUCCGAAGGACGUUGCCGUCGUCCACUCCUUCGAGACGGCGCGCCAGGAGGAGGAGGACCGACACCUGCAAGCCGUCACACAAAAGGAGACUGAGGACUGCAUCCUCAGGCACACACUAGAGAUCUCCGCCGCAAAAGCGAAGCAGGCCGCUCGGAGGAAGGAGCAAUGGGUGGCGAUGGAGGUGGAACACCGCCGGCGCGUGGCUGCAAGGAAUGAACGGGAGGAGGCGGCGGCGGUUAAGGAGCGGAAAGCGCACCAGAACUAG